CGGGUAGUCGCCCAAAGCACGAGAAGUGGCAAGGAUGCCAGCAACUCUCCACACUCCUGUGAAGUAUUGGCCCUUGUAAUUUAUUUGGAAGGGAUAAUGGCCCAUGGAGCUGCUGUUUUGUCGUCGGAUAUUAGCCGAAGAAACCCACAAGAUGAAUAUGAACUUAUUCAACGAAUAGGAAGUGGGACAUAUGGAGAUGUUUACAAGGCAAAAAGAUUAUCUACCAAUGAUUUGGCAGCCAUCAAAGUCAUCAAAUUGGAACAAGGAGAUGACUUUGCUAUCAUUCAACAAGAAAUAGUUAUGAUGAAAGACUGCCGUCACCCUAAUAUAAUUGCCUAUUAUGGAAGUUAUCUUCGGCGUGACAAGUUGUGGAUUUGCAUGGAAUAUUGUGGGGGUGGAUCUUUACAAGAUAUUUAUCACAUUACUGGUCCCUUGACAGAGCUUCAAAUAGCAUAUAUGUGUCGUGAGACUUUACAUGGACUGGCUUACCUACACAGUAUGGGAAAGAUGCAUCGAGAUAUAAAGGGUGCCAAUAUUUUACUGACUGAAAAUGGAGAUGUGAAACUUGCAGACUUUGGUGUAUCAGCACAAAUAACAGCUACUAUUAACAAAAGGAAGUCCUUCAUUGGCACUCCAUAUUGGAUGGCUCCCGAGGUAGCGGCUGUUGAAAGGAAGGGUGGCUACAACCAGCUGUGUGACAUCUGGGCAACAGGGGUGACUGCCAUUGAGCUGGCUGAGCUUCAGCCGCCCAUGUUCGACCUUCAUCCCAUGAGGGCACUCUUCCUAAUGUCCAAGAGUGGUUUCAAACCACCUACGCUUAAAGAUCGUGAUAAAUGGAGUCCCACCUUCCAUAAUUUUGUAAAAGUAGCAUUGACAAAAAAUCCAAAGAAGAGACCAACUGCUGAAAAACUGUUAUUGCAUCCUUUUGUAGCUGGUGAUAUGAGCAAGAGGUUGGCGUUAGAGCUUCUACAGAAAGUGAGCAAUCCAUCUCUGAUGUUUACUGACUUGGAAGCUGAUGACGAUGGGGCUGUUCCUAAUGUUCCUCAAAGGAUAGCAUCUAAACAAACUGCUCCUAGAGAAAAGGCCAAAAUGGCUCUUCCUGACCCUCCUAGUAAUCACAAUCGGGAGGAAGCAGGUGAUGAAUUAGAAUGUAGUUUAGAUGCUAUUACUCCUGUGCCACCACAGUUUGCAUAUGUGACUAGAGCUUGGGACAUCAUGGACAUAAUGAAUAUAGAGCAUGUGCCAACCUGUGAUAAUCAUGAUUGGCCCAAGGGGUCUGUAUUCGAAGAAAGUUCUACAGGAAAUGAAAAGCACGCCAAGGCCCAGGUGGAUCGGGGGAGCCAUGUAAAAUGUGACAAGGGCGACAAGGGCACCCCCAAGCAGGGGGGAGGGGUGCGCAAGCCCCGUCUGACCGGCACAGCCAUCAUUAGAAUGUCUCUCAGGUCCCUCCUGCAGUAUAUAGACGAGGAGCUAAUCCUGAGGUACAGCGGCGAGGCGGGGCCCGACCUGCUGCACGACACGCCGCCGGUGCCGCCGCGGCGGCGCGACCGCAAGCGCCACACGCCGCCGCGCCCGGUGUCGAACGGGCUGCCGCCCACGCCCAAGGUGCACAUGGGCGCGUGCUUCAGCAAGGUGUUCAACGGCUGCCCGCUGCGCGUGCACUGCACCGCCUCGUGGAUCCACCCGGACUCGCGCGACCAGCACAUCCUGAUCGGCGCCGAGGAGGGCAUCUACCUGCUCAACCUCAACGAGCUGCACGACGCCGCCAUGGACCAGCUCUACCCGCGGCGCACCGUCUGGAUGUACGUCAUCAAGGACGUGCUCAUGUCGCUCUCCGGGAAAACUCCACAGUUAUACAGACAUGAUUUGCUGGCUCUUCAAAAUAAACAGACGCAUCGCUUUUCUCUUCAUGUCAAUCGUAUUCCUGAGCGGCUGGUUCCGCGGAAAUUUGCUUUAACUACAAAAGUUCCAGACACAAAAGGAUGCACGAGAUGUUGUGUUGGCCGGAAUCCAUACAAUGGAUACAAAUACCUUUGUGGGGCUAUGCCUCAGGGGAUUUUUCUCAUGCAAUGGUAUGACCCCCUCAACAAAUUUAUGCUUUUGAAGUAUACAGAAUGCAGUCUUCCCUCUCCUCUGACUGUAUUUGAAAUGAUUAUAACUCCUGAAUUGGAAUAUCCAAUGGUGUGUGUUAGUGUAAGGCAAGCUUAUGAGCAGAAUCGCCUACGAUUGGAGUUAAUAAACAUGAACAGUGGUGCUUCAUGGUUUCAUAGUGAUGAACUGGAAGAUAUGGAUGGAACAGCCACUGUAGUCCCACGUCGAGAGCAUAUCAAAGUGGUGAGCGUAACACAACUCGAGAAAGAUUCCAUACUAGUGUGUCAUGAUAGUGUUGUGAAGAUAGUCACAUUACAAGGUCGGCCGAAGCAGAGCCGAAAACAGGUUUCUCAGCUAGAUUUCAAUUUUCCAGUUGAGUCGAUAGUGUGCCUACCAGACAGUGUAUUGGCAUUCCACGCACACGGUGUUCAGGGAAGAAGUUUUAGGAAUGGUGAAGUCACCCAGGAGAUUACUGAUAUCAGCCGUAAAUAUAAAUUACUAGGCUCUGACAAGGUGCUUGUUCUGGAGAGCCAUAUGUGUCAGGAAAUCCAACGCACAGGCACAUUGACUGAAGAUGGGGCUGACCUAUACAUUUUGGCUGGCCAUGAGGCUAGCUAUUGAGCGCACAUUUUGUUGCUCAACUGUAUGAUAUUAUACAUAUACCCCAAUGUACACGCACGUUCUGCAUGCUAGUCGAGAGGUUUUUGUACUUCCCAGGACUGUACAUAGAGCGCAGGAGUCCACCAACCAAAGAAAUUUUGUUUGUCUGCACGGACUGCAGGCUUGGACAAUGGCGCUUGUUGUUAAGUUAUACGGUGUACAUAGCAGUGUUUAAGGUCAUCUUUUUGUCUUCUACUUAAUUCCAUUCUGGGCCUGCCAUAGUGACUAGAGAGCAGGUCAAAAUUGCAAUUUGAUUCUUUGUGAUUUCUGCUCGCCGUGUCUCAGUGUUCGUGUUCCCCAAAUGAAUCCCCUCACCCACAUCCGACUGUCUAGUACACUGCGUAUAGUGUUGUGAAUAUAAAGCUUUAUAUUUUGCCAAUAUAUAAAUAAAUGAAUAUAUGUAAAUAUGUAUGGCAGGCAGGCUGGCAAGAGGAAGUCAGAGGUACAGACUGCCUAGAAACGGAUUGCUCACUGCGGACAUGCUCUCAGUAUUGUUCUUUUUUACUUUCUGAUUGUUUGAGUGUGAUUUAUUUAAGACAUACACCAACUUCCAUAUCAAUUAUAUUCCUUUACAACUAUUUUAGGAACACCGGCAAAAACCUUAUAUGUGAUUAGUGUAAAUAUAUUUUAUUAAGAGAUUCUUGUGAGGUUUUGCCUGUUAAAUAAAUAUCUGCAAGUGUUGGCAGGACUUGUUACGUAUUUCGUUUUUCGUCAUCAUUUCCUUAUCUUUGGUCCAUAUUCCUUUUUCUUAUACCUUGAGAGUAAAUAUUAUUUUAAAUAUUUAAGUUUUUGAGUACUGCCAAUGAGAAUAGUUACCUGCAUUUUACUAAGAAAACUAGUGGAAUAGAGAAACAAUAGGUUAUACAAAGUAAUUUUUGAAAUUUUAAUAUAGGAAUUUGAUGAUUUAUUCCAAGAGGAUUUGUACUUUUUGUCAAUUUGACUUUUUGUUACUGUGGGUAUUAUACGUGUGCUUGUUAAAUGAUCAGAUGGUAUUGAUGUAGUACCGAAGUGGAAACUUCUUUCAACUUGCGUAUAUUGAUCUCUAGUGUUUCUAAGAUGACUGUUUGUUCAUAUUCGCCACUGGAAUAUUUAUUAUUCGUGCAUAAAAUUCUAAAAUGAGUUAAAUUUUGCAUUACUAUGACUGAUUAUCAACCUGACCUAUAUACAUGUGCUGUAAAUUUGUUGUAUUUAUUGCAAUUAUGGUGAAAAUCUUUCUCAGCAAAGGACAUUAAUGAAGAAGCUUGAUUAAUGUUUUAAAUUCUAUUUAUAUUCAUGAAUUUUUUUACAAAAAUUAUUCAUAGUGCCUAAAUUACAGGUGCUUUUUUCCGCUCUAAAUUAUCUAUUCCGUUCCAAUUUUCAUACUUUUGGUAAAUUUUUAUUGGAAGGAAAGUUAUAAGAUGAUUUCAACUGUUAUGUUUGACGUACAAUAAAAAAGUAGUUUAUGUGUGGUUAGUUGGUUUAAAGAUUAUUAUCAAAUUUAUUCCAGAGGUACUUUAGAAUGCUCUGUAUGGUUCUGACUUGUGUAUUCUAUUCUUGAUUUAGUACCUUCUUCAAGUUCUGGACAUAAAGGAGCAUAUUUGUGCUUUCUGUUGUCAUUUCUUCUGCUAAGAUGUCUCUCUUUUAUAUUAGUCCAAAACUAGAAUAUUGUGUUGUAAUAUUUUCUAAUUAUUGUUACUUUUGUUUUUCAUAUACGGAAAUUUAUCAAUACAAAAUAUGUAAGUCAUACCCAAAAUCCAUCUGUUGUGAAUGGUUUGUGGACAUUAGAAAGAUCCUUUGAUGAGAAUGUUGUUGCUGUGAGAAUUUGAAUGUUUCUCUGUGGUGCAUGGGUAGACCAGUUGAAAUACUUGAACAGAAUUUGAAAGGAUGUAUUCUUUAUCAAUACCAAAGUAUAUUACAUUUCAAUAUAUACCUUGUUUAUAACAAUGCAUAAUAUAGAUCAUUGUAUUAUAUGACAUCUUCUGGCGAGUCCAAUCAAACACCCAAUGAAUCCCCAGAACGUCUAAAAAGUAACCAUCCAAUUUUCAAACGUAAAGGUACAACAUAUGUAUUUGCUCUUAACUUGAAAGCGCAGUAACUGUGUAGACAGGGUGGAGAUACUCUCUCUCCAUCUAUGACUUCUUCCUUAAAGUUUCCAUCUUACGCUGUUGAAAUUUAUUCUCUAUCCAUUUACUGUGAAGUGGCAAGAUUUUGGUCUGAUUUAUUUUGUCUUAACUUGCUUGUUCUUUUAUUGUAUUAAUAUGUUCUUUGUUCUUUCAUUAUCUUUGUAUUUUCUGUGUUUACUGUAGACUGAAGAUAUCAAACAACAAAAAGAGCUUUUAUUCAAAAUAAAAAAAUUGUUGUUGUGAUGUAUUUUUGU